AUCUGAAGCUUCCUACAGAGUUUGUUAUCACAUGACAUUAGUCAGCCAAUCGGGGUGUCCUUCUACAUCCUGUGUUUUUCACAGACAUUGAGGAACUUUUCUUUAUUCCUGUGAAAGUUUUACUGGUGUUAACAGUGACUCACAGUGCUUGUAGAGAUGGACAGCUCCCCUGAGGAAGACUUCCCCAGUGACACAGAGACAGCUAGAGGACAAGAUGUUACCAAGAAGCCAAAGGUAACAGCUGCCAUUUUUUACAAGAGGACAUCAGCAAGGCCUGCUGCCAAGUCAUCCAGUGGCCAAACUUCUAGGCAACCAAUCAGAGACAUCUGCCAUUUGGAGACGGAGACUCUAGCAGAAAAUGAGACAGCCAUUACUGAUGCUGAGGUGGCCCUAAAUGUCCAUCAAGAAGGCUCUGACACAGAAAUAGACAACAUCAUGCAUGUCAGUCCAGCCCUUGCAGAUAUGAACAUUGGCAUUGUAGAAGAGGAGGUACCAUGGUCCAGUAUUGCACCAGAUAAACCUUUUUCGCCACUACUAUUCGUACAUGACAUUGAUGAUGACUAUCAAGAAUCUCAAUCACCACCAUCCUCCUCUGGCUCCAUAGUUGUGGAUACACCCUCCCAUGCAAAGACUGCCACUGUCACCAGUACAAGGACUUUAGCUACUGCUUCCAAGAGCACUCCCCUUCCAGAAAAACCUUCCCCAUCAGCAAAACCCAGUGUCAGUGGUAACCGCAAAUCUAAGGUAUGGGAGCAUUUUAUAACAGUUGGGGAUGGUCGCUUGGCCAAAUGUAAGCUAUGUGGCAAGGAAGUAAGUUGUGGCAAAGUCUUGGGGCAUCUCACCAAUGCAGGAAUGGAUAACCAUCUGAGGACACACCACAAGGCAGUGUUGAUGAUAGAAGAAAGUGGUUUGGCAGCUCCACCAAGUAAAAGAAAGGGAAGUAGUAGUGCUAGUUCCAGUGCUACUAUGAGUUCAGCCUCAGAUAACCUGGAAAAGGGGCAAGGGGCUGAAGCUGUUGUUCAUCCCAGUAAAGGAAACCAGUCCACCAUAGAACAGUUUACUGGUUUUCAUCCCAGGGGGAUUUCCCGCCAACAGUCCCGCAAGAUUACCCGCCUUAUAGGUGAGCAUUUAACAUGGUGGAAGGGGAACCUUUUAAACGCCUUCUAAAGGCACUUGCACCCCAAUAUAUUGUACCAUCACGUACCACAUUCAGCAGAAGUAUAGUACCUGCUUUGUAUAAAUCGUGUGUGGAUCUGCUAAAAGAGGAGCUGGGAAAAGCUGCUGGACAGUCUGUACAUCUAACCACUGACCUGUGGAGUGCUCCCAGUGGCCAGCAUGCUUUCCUAUCAUUGACCGCACACUGGUGGCAGCCCAUUGUCACUGAACUUGCCCAAACCAAAUCAGGCCCAAGAAGCACAGGGGCUGGUGUUGAGAAUACAAAUCAGGGCCACCGCUCAUUCCUCCUCCAUGCAGAGGUAUUGGAUGAGCAGCACAGCUCACAAAACAUAACCAGAGCACUUUAAAAAAUGGUGGAAGAAUGGCUUGGGGAACACGGAGAUACACAUCCGAAGAUGGGUUUCGUGGUGACUGACGGUGCAGCCAACAUGAUAAAGGCAUUGCGUGAUGGCAACUUUGUAUGUGUGCGAUGCUCUGCACAUGUCCUCCAUCUUGUGGUGAAGGCCGGUUUGGAAGACACCUCAGAGAGCAACACAAAGCUCACAGGAGUUCUGGAUUCAUGUAGAAAAAUUGCAGGGCAUUUUCACCGGAGUGUUAAAGACAGCCACUUACUCAGACGGGAGCAGAGUAAGGCAGGUGUUCCUCAACACAGACUGAAAUAGGAUGUUAGCACCCGGUGGAAUUCCACACUAGAAAUGCUGGAAAGAAUCCUAGAGCAGCAGAAACCCAUGAAAAUUAUAUUGGCAUCACCAGAGCAUUUGGCAGGGAGGAGUGGACCUUAGUUGCUCAGGUGGUGGCUGUACUUAGCCCCUUUCGUGCGGUCACGGAAAACUUAAGCCAGGAGAAGGCAAGUUUGGCGCAAGUCAUCCCUCUCUUUACUCAUCUGUUAACCAAAAUGGAUGCCUUCCUGAAUAACAGAGAGAAGUGGACUGGAGGCUAUAUAGUUGGUGAUGUUGCCACACUGGUAAGGAGACUCCAGGUCCUACUACAGUGUAGGAUUAAAGAGCUGACAGACACUUGCCCUGAUCUAAUGCUAGCCACCAUGUGUGACCCCCGGAUUAAGGGCAAAAUGGCUCUCCAAGCAAAUGCCCUAACAAGCUGGAGGGACAAAUUAAUCAUCAAGGUGUGUGACAGACAGAGACUAUUAGAUGUGGGACAAGAGAGGCAUGAUGAGUAGUGAUGAGCGGCAUAGGCCAUAUUCGAAUUCGCGAAUAUUCGCGAAUAUAUGGACGAAUAUUCGUCAUAUAUUCGCGAAUAUUCGCAUAUUCGUAAUAUCCUCGUUUUAUUUUCGCAUACGCGAAACUUCGCGUAUGCGAAAAUUACCAUAUGCGAAAAUUACCAUAUACCAAAUUUGCAUAAGCGAAAAUUCACAUAUGCGAAAAUUCGCACACCAGUUUCACACAGUAGUAUUAGAGCCUUCUUUACACCACACAAGAUGGAAGCAGAGAGGGGUGAUCACUGUGAUGUGUACUGUGAAAAAAAAAACAAAAAAAAAAAAAAACGAAUAUUCGUAAUUACGAAUAUAUAGUGCUAUAUUCGCGAAUAUUCGCGAAUUUGCGAAUAUGCGAUAUUCGCGAAUAAAAUUCGCAUUGCGAAUAUUCGCGAGCAACACUAAUGAUGAGGAGGAAGAAGCAGAGGAAGAUGAGCCUGCAGAAAUCUCAGCAACCAUCAGCAACACUGCUACAACCUCCUCAAGAG